CGGAAGACUAAGUAAAACCACCCGUGUUCGUGAUCUAGAAGAAAUUUUUGAACAGUAUGGACGUUUGACCAGAUGCGAUAUUAAAUAUGGAGCUGAGAUGGCUUAUGCUUUUGUUGACUACGAGGACAGGAGAGAUGCUGAGCUUGCCACACCAUGCCAGGCUUGCCUGUUGCCAUGCCAUUCCACAACACAAAGCCAGGGCCGACCCCCAUCUGAUUCCCUCAGCAGCCAGCUUGUCCAACCGAUCGGCUCCUUGCCAUUGCCUUUGCCUAACCUGUGCCAACCUCUCGGCUGAUGAUUUUAAAGAGACGGGUCCAUUAAGUCAGCACUUAAGCCUUUGCCAAAAUUCCCUGCCGUCGGAGUGCUGGUGGUAUCAAGCAGCCAGUAAAGAGCCACUUCAUGGCCAAGUCUGCUUCCGCUAGUCUGUUGAGUCCCACCCAUAAUGACUCGCCAUGAGAAAGCCAUUUCCAACCCUGACGGGGCCUCGUCAGCGAGCCCCCCGCAUGGUAUAUUGCAAGCCUGACCAUGCCUGGCCAUUGCCACCCUGACCAGGUCUCGCCACCAGCCGGCCAGGUCAUGUCUUCAGGCAGCUUACCCUUGUGCCUGGGCCGAGACUGUAUCAAGUAUGAGAAUGGCAGAGAAGUAUGUGGCUCCAGCAUCAUUGUAGAGUGGGCUAAGGGGAACCCACGACGGCCUUUGCAACAAGGUUAUGAUGAAUGCUACCGUUGCCAUCGUCCGGGUCACUGGGCCAGAGAUUGUCCUGAGGAGCGGUUUGGCUUUCGUCGAUCAGGCGGCAGACGAAGAUCUCCUAGUCCUAGGCGUCGAAGGAGUUAUUCUAGAUCCAGAUCCCGUGAUCGCAAGUCACGAAGGUCCAGGUCACGAUCUCGUGAUCGCAAGUCACGAAGGUCCAGGUCACGCGACCGCAGGAGCCAUUCUGGAAGCAAAGGUCGUGACCAGAAGUCUCCAAGCAAAUCACCAGAUCGCAAAUCUGGCAGUAAGUCUCGGAGCCGCUCACAAAGUCAUUCAAAGUCUCGCAGUCCAUCAAAGUCUAAGAGUCGUUCACCUGGUAUACAAAAUGGAGAGGAAACAGAACACAUAGAGCAGCAUGAUGAGGGUGAUACUACUCAGCACAGCAGGUCAGGAAGCCCCCAGUGACAGUGCAUGCCAUUCAGCACAAUAUGAAUUCCUGUGUCAUCAUUGUCCCCAGCAGUCGUGAGCUCUUGAAUACCAGCUAGUGAAGUUUUCUGCACCCAUACAGCAAAUGCCAGGUUUUGACGCUACCAUUUAUACACCCCCACCUGCCUCAAAACAUACAAAAAGCAUUUGUGUGGAUCAUACAUCUCUGGCAUCUAAUAUUGAUUGCUGCAGUUGUGAUACAAGCAUCCAAGGACAGUCCUACUAACGUGUACUGCUGUUCAGGAAAGGUGUAGGAUCAGUUACAUAACUUGAUGGCAAACUUUUUGAUGACAUGCUAAACAUGUUAAUAGCUUAUUGAUGAUUGGAGAAGUUGACCUAGGUAUCAUUUAAUCAUAGUUUUUUGUUAAUUUCUUUUCCUUCCAAUUUUUACUUAAUUUGACAGUUAAAAGUGCAUGUUUUUAGGUUUACUUUAACAUUCUUUCAACAACUUCAGUAAUGAUGGCAUACUGCAGGUUACCAAAGCAACAAAAACAGCUAUGUGAAUGUUGACUAGAUGAAAAAUGAUUAUGGAAGAAGUUGAACUUUGGGUGUUAAAUAAGCUUAUUUUGUUUGUCAUUUUUAGUUGGCAUAAGGUGCCUGGUUGCAGGAACUCAUGACUUUGUGACAAGCUAUAAUUAUUUUUGUGUGCUAAUGUCAUUUAUCAUCCCCAGAUUUUCCAUGUCACUUUCGAGUUUUUAAGAAUUAAAGCCCUUGAAACAGGUA